AUGACUUCGAAACAGAGUGCAGAUGAAUUGGUGCAGUGGGAAUCUCGUUUGAGAGACGCAGCACAUAAGUGUGAAUUGAAAACGACCGAGUUAGACAAAAGGCAUAACGAACUUUUAGCUCAGAGGGAACAUUUGAGUCGAGAAAGUCAGAGACUCAACGAAUUAAGAGCAGGAAUAGAGGCUGAUCGAAGAAAUAUGGCGUCAAUUGUUGGUUCCAUUAACGAGUACUCUCGUAAAGAAAAUUGGACAUUAUGGUUCGAGAGACUAGGACAAUUUUUCAUUGCAAAUAGUGUGCAAGAAAAUAAAAAGGCAUCGCUCUUUCUUACAUUGCUUGGAGGAGAAGGUUACGCGAUUCUAAGGAAUUUGUGCGCGCCAGAUUUGCCAUCGUCGAAAACGUUUACCGAAUUGGCAACCAUUAUGAAGGACCACAUGGAGCCGACGCCGAACGAAAUUCUCGAGCGCUACAAAUUCCGUCAGUGUGUACAACGCGAGACUCAAGAGGUAAAAGCGUUUGUCGAAGAAAUUAAGAAAGCUUCGACGUAUUGUAAUUUUGGUGCAAACUUACAAGAUUCAAUGAGGGAUCAGUUUGUUUGGGGAUUAAGAACAGAAGCGCUACAGAAACGAUUAUUAAGAGAAAAAGAUCUAACUUUCGUCAAGGCGGUGGAAUUGUCAACAGCGUUCGAACUUGCGUCGAAGGGGGCAGCAGGGAUGAACGAGUCGACCAAAAAAACAGAGCAGCCGUCGGUAAAUGUCAUCAGGGAUAAAAAUCGUUUUAAGAGUGGCAGCAGUGGAUCUUCGGAAAAACAAACAGAUAAGACUUUCCAAUGUAUGCGUUGCGGGAAAAGUAAUCACAGUCCGGCCAACUGCAAGUAUAAAUCGUAUAAGUGUAACAGUUGUGGUAAGGUAGGCCAUCUAGCAGGUAUGUGUAAAACUAAGGGUUUUAAUUCGAGUCAAGAAAAAACAAACAAUGUAAAAUUUAAGAAGCAAAAUUUUAAUAAACAAAAUUUUUUAGAAGAAAGUGAAAGUUUAGUCGACGAUUUCGAAAGAUUAUUUGAAUUGGAGGACAUCGUUAAAGUAAACUGUAUUAAACCUUUCGAAAUAAAAUUAAAGUUAAAUGAUAAUAUUGUUAAUUUUGAAAUAGACACGGGUUCUCCAAUUUCAGCAAUUUCAGAAAAUUAUUUCAAAAAUUCAAUAUUUAAAAAAUUAACGUUAAAUAAAACUGAUAGGAAAUUUCAAAGUUAUUUGGGAGAUCCCAUAAUUCCGUGUGGUUUUUUUGAGGUUAAGGUUGAGUGCAAUGAAAUGCAACGUAAAUUAAAAUUGUUUGUCUUGCCAGGGAAAAGCUUACCUAUUUUAGGCCGAGACUGGAUAUCUAGCUUGAAUUUGGAAUUCAAAAAUGGCUUGGGAAAUGUCAAAAAACUGGAUAUUGCAAAAAUCGACGAUAUUGAACUAUUGUUAAAAGAAUUCGAAGACACAUUUUCAGAUAAAUUAGGGAAAUAUAAUGUAUCUAAAUUGAAAUUACAUUUAAAGGAUAAUGUAGAACCAGUUUUUUGUAAACCAAGACCAGUGCCUUAUGCAUUAAAAGUAAGGUUAGAAGACGAACUUGACAGACUUCAAAGAUUAGAAGUAUUAAAAUUAGUCGAACAUGCGGACUGGGCGACACCCAUCGUCCCUAUUUUAAAAAAUAAUGGGGAAGUUCGAAUUUGUGGCGAUUACAAAAUAACAGUUAAUCCUUGUCUAAAGAUAGACAGACAUCCAAUUCCGCGGACUCAAGACUUAUUAGCGACACUUAGUCACGGUACAGUGUUUUCGAAACUGGACUUAUCUUUUGCGUACUUGCAGGUAGAACUUGACGAAUCAUCGAGGCCUCUUACCACUAUUACCACUCAUAAAGGGUUAUUUGAAUAUAACAGAUUAAAUUUCGGGAUUUCUUCGGCUCCAGGGCUUUUUCAGAGAGAGAUGGAAAAACUUUUGUCAGGAAUUGAGGGGGCCGUUGGUUUUUUCGAUGAUUUUAUUGUUUUGGGAUCAACUCGAGAGGAACACGAUUCGAGAUUAAAGGAAGUUUUGCGUCGUAUCAGGGAUUCGGGUUUAAAGUUAGGGCGAGAUAAGUGCGAGUUUGCUAAGGAUAAUGUAAAGUUUUUAGGUUACGAAUUGGGAAAAAAAGGUAUUAGCGCAUCCCAGGACAAGGUAAAGGCAAUUUUAAAAAUAAAAGAACCAACUAAUGUAACCGAAUUGCAAUCGUUCAUAGGAAUAAUGAACUAUUAUUCGAAAUUUAUUAGAAAUUACGCUAGUAUGAUGUACCCGCUGUAUAAAUUGCUAAAAAAAGAUCAAAAAUGGAAUUGGGAUCGUGAAAGUGAUAGAGCUUUUCAAAGUGCAAAAAAAAGUUUGAUGUCGAGUGAGGUUUUAAUGCCAUAUGAUACAAGGUUGCCAGUUAAAAUCACGACUGACGCGUCCCCUUAUGGUUUGGGAGCAGUAUUAGUUCAUGUGUUGGAAGGAAAUGUUGAAAGGCCCGUGGCUUUCGCUUCGCGAACAUUAACAAAGGCGGAGUCCGGUUACUCGCAACUAGAUAGAGAAGCUUUAGGAGUAGUCGAAGGGGUCAAAUCAUUCCACCAAUUUGUCUACGGUAGACAUUUCAUACUCGAAACAGACCAUAAGCCGUUAAUAUAUAUAUUCGGAGAAAAAAAAGGAUUACCUCAAAUGGCAGCGAGUCGAGUCCAGCGUUGGGGGGUAUUUUUAUCAGGGUACGAUUACGAAAUCAAAUUUCUUAAGGGAAAAAAUAAUCAGAGCGCGGAUUUUUUGUCUCGUUACAUGGGUCCAUCGUUAGUUGAUCUUGAAAGCGGCAAUAAAGAUGAUUUUACAUAUUUAAAUUUCGUGACCGAAAAUGUUAAGUUAAUCUCAGCUGAAUCAAUCAGUGAAGAAACAGAUAAAGAUGACAAUUUGAAAAGAGUCAAACAAUUUGUUUUAAAUGGUUGGCCAAACAAAGUGCCGGAAUCGCUAAUUCCGUUUUCAAGAAAAAGUAACGAUUUGUACAUAGAUAAAGGGUGUAUUAUGUGGGGCCAUAGGGUCGUCGUUCCGAAAUUAUUCCGUGAAGAAUUAGUAAAAGAAUUGCACAGUUCACACAUGGGAAUUGUGCGAAUGAAAAGCAUCGCACGAUCGUAUAUUUGGUGGCCUGGUUUAGACAAUGAUAUAGAAAACAUGGGCAAAACAUGUGUGGCUUGCUUAGAAAACGCGAACAAUCCGCCCAGAGUAACUUUGCAUCCGUGGAAUUGGCCAGAGGGCCCUAAUCAUAGACUGCAUGUAGAUUUCCUUGGUCCGGUAGAAGGGGAUAUGUACAUCGUCAUAAUCGACGCAUUUUCAAAAUGGAUUGAGGUCAAAAAAAUGAAAAAUAUUACAGCCCCUGAAACCAUUAGAGUAUUGAAGGAGUAUUUUGGAGUAUGGGGAUUACCUCUAAAGUUAGUAUCGGAUAAUGGCCCGACGUUCACGUCACAAUCGUUUUUGGAAUUUAUUAAAAUGAAUGGUAUCAUCCAUGUAAAAACUGCUCCUUAUCACCCGUCAACUAACGGGGCCGCGGAAAAUCUAGUCAAAACGUUCAAAGAAAAAUUUAUCUUAUUAAUGAGCGAAAAUGGAAAGGAUAAACAGGACGCAUUGGUCAAGUUUUUAUUCCAUUACCGCUCAUCGCCACAUUGCACGACAGGGGUUUCUCCGGCAGAGUUGCAGUUGGGAAGAAAAUUAAGAACGCGUUGGGAUCUAUUAAAAACCGAGAUAAGGGAAAGGGUAAUUAAAGAACAAGGGAAACAAAAAAAUUAUUACGGGGGAAACAGAAAAGUUGAAUUUAAUGAACAGGAGGUGCUUAUGGCCAAAGACUAUUCGGGAAAAAAGAAUAAAUGGUGUAAAGUACAGGUCGCAAAAAGAUUGAGUCCAGUUUCAUACUUGGUUCGCACUUGUGACGGUAGAGAAUGGAAACGACAUGUUGACCAAUUGCGCUCUUGUCAUUUAGCUUUCGAAAAAAACAGUCCUUGUGAUAUAGAAAUGUUAGACUCUCACAAAAAUUUUGUAGAAGACGUCGUUGUUAAACCUAUAGAGUUAAGCUCCGUAGAAAAUAAAAAUAUUAUGAUCACCGACACCUCGGUCAACGAUGUAAGAGCCGAAAAAGAGUAUGUGGAGCAAGUCGAACAAAAAUCUGUUGAACCGGAACUUAGGCGUUCUACGAGGAUUAGAAAACAACGAACUAUUUUCGGUGUAAAUGCUUAA